CACGUCUUGGUCUCAGCACACACCUUCAAAACUCAAAAAUUCGAAAACAUCAUCAUCGACACUUCCUCAGACACGGAACCGACACUCUAUUGACGAUAUCUGAUUCAUAACCCACGCGAUCUUCUGUCUCGGGAAUACAACCAUUCCGGAUAAUGUCGUCGGCGUUCCUUGUUCGUCUGGGCGACCUCAGUCCCGUAUUUAAUUUCUUCGCCUGGUGGUUCCUGCCAGGUUAUAUGUCUUCUUUCGCACUUGGGGCAUUCUACCGAUUAAGGCCUUCUUAUCGGCCAAAGCCCUUGCCACCUCAGCCGACUGAUGCCAACCAAAAGCCAGUCUUUGAUCCGAUCUAUGAGAUUCAUAAAGCGGAACAGACCAAUCACCUCAAAAGACAUCGAACGAUGGCUCAUGCUUGUGUUAUCAUACUCUAUUUAGUUUACACAGUCCUUAGUACAUACUACAAGCAGGCCGGGACAAAUCAUUACUCAACUCUUGGCCUUCGAUCUAAUUCAAUCGCUUCUAAUUUACCGUUUCCCAGCACCCAAAAUAAAGUAAUCGAUUCAACUCCGGUUCUAUCUGAAGGACAAAUAGAUGAUUCUGGUUUCAAAUCACAUUGGAGGAAAUUGGCCAAAGCUUUCCACCCUGAUAAGCUCAAUCCGCCUUCCAACUUAGGUAGUGAAGAGGAGGUCUUGGAGUGGAAGAGUGAAAUCGAGUCAAAAUUCAUCGGGAUGCGAGAGGCCUAUGAGACUCUCAGUGAUGGAACGAAGCGAUGGGCCUAUGAUCGGUUUGGUCCCGUGAUCGCUACUUGGAAAAAUUGCGCCACACUUCGAGAAUUUCUCAUGGAAGGGCUCAAGCUAUUGGCGCCAUUCUACACAUUCACCAUUGCCUCACUUUCACUCAUAGGCACUUUUCGAAAGACCGAUCCCGGUGCAUUUUGGCGUUGGACGGUCCUACUUUGUAUAUUUGCCGCUGAACUUUCACUCAUUACCUCAACUGCCACGACAUGGGUUUCGAGCUUGCUAUCAUUCAUCUUCCCCAACCGAACCAUUUUCGAACACAUCGCCCUUCUUCGCCAGAUAUUUGUUGCUUGCUCGUGUAUUGCCACUCAACUUGCUGGCAUUCGGUACCCACCUCCAGCGGAUUUAGACAAGACUCAAAACGUCGGACAACUGAUGGCCCCCAUCAUGCCUUUACUUGAUCGAGCCCAGCAAUAUUCUACACUCGCCAAUACGGAAGUGGUGAAGAUGAUAUACAACGAUCUUUACCCGAUACUACACGCCGAUGCAAGCUCACAGAACGGUCGAAGGCUCAGUCUCGAGAGCGAGGACGCGGUAGCCAAGGUAAAUGGGGGCCCAGAAGGCAGUAGUAAUGAGACCAAAAAGGAAGUCGACCCAGCCGAGGAAAUUCGAAUGCAGGAGACUAUCAAGACGCUCAAAACGAAGAUGUUAGAGGUAUUUUGUGAUUUGCGUUUACAAUCUAAUGAUGCAGGUCGAGCUGCUUGGAACCAAGCUAUCCGUGAGGAAGCAAGACGUCAAAAUAUUCAUGAUCGAUAAACCUUGUUCACCUAUGGGAUCACAAUGGACCCAAAGAGGUGCUGUAUGUGUUGUUGUAGAAAAUGAACAAAUCUCAUUUCAAGAAUCGCUUGUGAUCAUACAAAACUCUUAACUACUUAUAAGCGUAAAAAUUGUUCAAUAAGUCCGGCCAUAGAAAGGCGUCAUUCAUCGUUCUUUUUUUCUUUACCUCGUUCAUUCAUUCAUUCAUUCUCUAUUUCUCUUGUUCUCUCUAGUGCUGCAGCAUUCUUUUUUUUGCUUUGUGGAUAUUUGAGAUGAUUGUUUUUUUUGCUUUGAAUUUUGAUUGGGAAUGCUUGAGUUACUUCACCAU